AUGGUAGAAGAAUAAUCAGCUGGUGGAACUGAUCUCACAGAAUUCAAGCAGUAAAUCUCUAAAGAAGUCAUGGCUUAAACCAAAUUCUUUAAGGACUUCCCAAAAAAAGGAAUUAAUUUCAUGGAUCUCUUUUCUAUUACUACUAAGCCAGCAUUAUUUAGAAAGGUUAUUGAUGCCUUGAAGACUUUAAUUGAAGUAGAAGUAGGCAGACCUGGAGAAGCAUUUAACUAUCUCGUUGGGCUAGAAGCCAGAGGAUUUGUAUUAGGACCGAUUUUAGCUAUGGAGUAUGGAUUACCUUUCACAGCUAUAAGAAAGAAGGGAAAACUUCCAGGAGAUACUAUUGUUGAAGAAUACAAACUAGAAUAUGGAAGUGAUGCCUGUGAAAUUUAAAAAGAAGUUUUAGAUUAAUCAUCAAGAGUUUUAAUUCUAGACGACUUACUUGCAACUGGUGGAACUCUCUGUGCAGCUAUGAAUCUUAUUUAAAAAUGUGAUGGAGCAUAAGUUGUAGCAAGCGUUGUUGUGUUUGAUAUACCAGCUCUUAAAGGCAGAGAUAAACUUACUAAAGCUUGCCAUGCAUUGAUCUCCUUGGACUGA